AUGAUCUGGCCAGAGCUGCUACUGUUUAUGCUGAUCGGUUGCAGCAGCACGAUUAUGCUGCUGCCGCCCGGUGCUGCUGCCGCUGCUGCUGCGGAACAUCAUAACAUGUCACACACGAAAGACUGUAUACGCUUUCACGAGCAAUGUGUCCGCUGCACCGAAACGGCCUGCAUCAAGUGUGCGGAAGUACUACGGAUCGAUACCGGCGAAUGUCUGUCGGAAUGUCCGCCCGGGUACGGUGUGCAAUGGUCUACCAGCAGUGAGUUUAUGGGCCGCGUCUGCUAUCCGGUGGAAAUGUCCGGUUCGUUCAGGGCUGCCGUCGUCGGGAUCGCCACUGGUGCAAUCCUGUGCGUGUUGCUGAUCAUCGGCGUGAUGGCCAUACUGAGGCGUCGCCAAAAGCGGAAAAAGUAUCGCGAAUCAUUCAUCGAUGGAAACAUCGACCGACUGGAGUUCCUGCAACAGUUGGAUGAGCUAAGACCGCAGGCAGAAUACUUUCUGCAGAUGCUAAACGACACUAGGCGUCAGAUACGGAAGCUGCAUCUGGCCGGUGAUAUUGCUGGUGCCGCUACGUAUCAUCCGGUGGUGCGCGAUCUGGCCAAGAUACUGAUACUGCUCAACAAACCGAUCGAGCUGAUCAAUGCACCACCACACGAUUGGCAACGGCUGUACGUGUGGGCAGAGCGUGUGCUCGACCGUUACAAGCCGGAGCUGGCCCAGCUGAUCGAGUUCCUGCAGCAACCGUCUGCCUCCGAUCCGCGGCUCGGUUCGUCGGAUCAUUCCACCUUUAAGGCGGCCUACCAUCAGCAUGCAACCGGUACGGACCUCUCGCCCAGCUUGAGCCAGAAGAACGAGCGUAACCUGCUGCAGCCGGAAUUGAUUCAGCUGCAAAAGCAUCGGACACUGCCGACGAUGCAGACUACGCACCAUUUCUUGGGCUCGCUCAUAAGUUUGCACGAGUUCGACGAACGAUCGUCGCACACGACCGACACUAGCUCCAAUCACCACUCAACGACCGGUGUGGUGAGCGGGAGUGGUGCGGGUGGAGGCGGAGGGGGAGGCGGCAAUAAUCCGUUCGACGAUACGUUCGAUCACGUUCGCACCUACCUGUCCACGUCCGGGAUGAACGACAGUUCGCUAUGGUUACAGGACGAGUUUUUCAAGCUGGGCUUCCGGCCACAGGAUGAAAUCACGACCGAGCUGUAAAAUC